AUGGCCCUCCCUGACGUCGAGAACACACCCGCCGCGGGCAUCCCCUACUUCACCCCGGCCCAAAACCCCGCCGCCGGAACAGCCGCCAACCCCCAGACCAGCGGCAAUGCCGUCCCCAAGCUCUACACCCCUCUCACAGUCCGCGGCCUGACCUUCCAGAACCGCCUCGGUCUCGCCCCUCUCUGCCAGUACUCCGCGCAGGACGGCCACAUGACCGACUACCACAUCGCACACCUGGGGUCCAUCGCCCAGCGCGGCCCCGGGCUGAUGAUGAUCGAAGCGACCUCCGUCUCCCCCGAAGGCCGCAUCACCCCUCAAGACGUCGGCCUCUGGAAGGACUCGCAAAUCGCACCCAUGAAGCGCGUCAUCGACUUCGUGCACUCGCAGUCCCAGAAGAUCGGCGUGCAGAUCGCCCACGCCGGCCGCAAGGCCUCCAACAUCGCCCCCUGGCUCAUGAACCAGGGCGUCAUCGCCACCGAGAAGGUCGGCGGCUGGCCUGACCGCGUCUUCGGCCCGUCGACCGUCCCCUUCCACGAGUCCUUCCCCACCCCCAAGGCCAUGAGCACCGCCGACAUCGAGCAGUUCAAGCGCGACUGGUCCGACGCCUGCAAGCGCGCCAUCGCCGCCGGCGCAGACUUCAUCGAGAUCCACAAUGCGCACGGGUAUCUGCUUUCCUCCUUCCUCUCCCCUUCCGCCAACACCCGCACCGACCAAUACGGCGGCUCCUUCGAGAACCGCAUCCGCCUCUCCCUCGAAAUCGCCCAGGUCACCCGCGACGCCGUCGGCCCCAACGUCCCCGUUUUCCUCCGCGUCUCGGCAACCGACUGGAUCGAGGAGUCCCUCCCUGAAGAAUCCUGGAAACUCUCAGACUCCGUGCGCUUCGCCGAGGCCCUCGCGGCCCAGGGCGCCAUCGACCUGAUCGACGUGUCGUCAGGCGGCGUGCACGCCGCGCAGAAGGUCAAGUCCGGACCUGCAUUCCAGGCUCCCUUCGCCGUCGCCAUUAAGAAGGCCGUCGGCGACAAGCUGCUCGUUGCAACGGUGGGAACCAUCACCAACGGCAAGCAGGCGAACAAGCUGCUUGAGGAGGAGGGGCUGGACGUUGCGCUUGUGGGACGCGGGUUCCAGAAGGACCCUGGUCUUGCGUGGACGUUUGCGCAGCACCUGGGUACUGAGAUCGCGAUGGCUAGUCAGAUCCGCUGGGGAUUCACGAGACGGGGUGGAACGCCGUACAUUGACCCGAAUGUUUACAAGGAGAGUAUCUUUGAGUAA